UCAUGACAAAGACUGCAUAAUAAAGAAAGACUCCUAAGCUUUAGGAAGAUCUUUGGCGAUCCUCCCAAAUUUUAUUGUAGCAAACGCUCGGAAAAACCUCCGAAAUAUGAAUAAUCAUCCCGUUUAGUUUGCUGCGACGGUAAGCCACACGUUAAUUUUAGUACUUGUUUUUGUUGGCGUCAUACAGGAGUCACUCGCUGAUCGCGAGUCUUUGCUGUUAAAUGUACAUCACGUGAUGUCGGUGGCCAUUGCCGCGCCGUUUCCGGGUUCGCUGCUGAGGCAAUCUGCGAGUAAGACGGGGGAGAGGAGAAGAGAGGAGAAAAAGGGAGCGGAAAGCGGCGGCUCGGCUACUUCACGACAACAAAGCCAGGCGCCGGUCGGCCAGAGGCUGGUUUGAUGAUAGAGAUAAAGGAGCAGUGCAGUCGGGGUAGCUCAUCCUAUUGACCUUUACCCAAAAUAUUCUUGGUGGACAUGGCCAGUGCCACCCCACUGGCAUCUGGCUCCAGUGCCCCCAACGACACCAACCCUGGAGUCAACAGCUCGACGGCCGGGGAGGGGGCUACGCAGGACAGUACCUUUGAAUGCAACAUCUGCCUGGACACGGCCAAGGACGCUGUCAUCAGCCUCUGCGGACACCUUUUCUGCUGGCCGUGUUUACAUCAGUGGUUGGAGACGCGGCCAAACAGGCAGGUGUGCCCAGUGUGCAAGGCAGGGAUCAGUCGGGAGAAGGUGAUCCCCCUGUACGGCCGGGGCAGCACGGGGCAGCAGGACCCCAGGGAAAGGACGCCUCCUCGGCCGCAGGGACAGAGACCGGAGCCAGAGAAUCGCGGGGGCUUCCAAGGCUUCGGUUUCGGCGACGGAGGGUUCCAGAUGUCCUUUGGCAUUGGUGCCUUCCCCUUUGGUAUCUUCGCAACGGCAUUUAACAUCAACGACGGUCGACCACCACCAGCCGUCCCCGGGACCCCACAGCACCAGGACGAGCAGUUCCUGUCCCGCCUUUUCCUGUUCGUCGCCUUGGUCAUCAUGUUUUGGCUGCUCAUCGCAUAGAUCGUGGGGAAGGACAUCUGUCCCAGAAAGGUUCUCUCUCUCUCAUGAAGCUCCAAAAGCACAAAGUCACAAGAAACAGAAACCAUUCACUCAAACUGGCCCUUUCUUACGGUUCAGAUCCCAGUGUCCUAAUGCUGAGCACCGCAUUUUGCUGAGUUCUAACAAACUCUCUUCUUGAUUAAGGGUGGUCAGAUUUGCCUGUUUGUAGUGAUUCAAUGAAGUUCAAAGUUUAAGUUGUUUCAAAUAUUACUGUGGAAGCUUUUUUUUUUUUUUUUUUUUGCUGUUAUCUUGGGUGAGUUGCUAUUGACACUGAAUGUUGCUCAGCAGGCAAAUUUUUACUUAUUUAAUGACUCUAUAUCUGGCCAUUUCUACCAUCUGGUAGUUAUUAGUUAAUACAUGCAAUAGCACCAACGUCAUGACCAUUUGGGAUUAAAUUAUAAUAUUACGUGCUUGAAAAGUACAUUUGGAAGAAAUGUAGAAUGGUCACCAUACACGAUGUAACCGAUGCAGUACCUGGGCCCCCAGUAGAUAGUGGUGCUUCCAGAUCUGCAGCUUUGGGUUCUGUGAACCAAGUUCGUGAUCCAAGCUAUUUACUCAAGAUCUGUACCAUUCAGAUCACAGAUAGUAGUGAUAGUGCUUGACUUUAUUGGAUCUUGUGUGAAUGGGCCUGGACCUGAGGGAGGAGGGGAUGAAUAUUUUGUGUUCAGGGCCGAACUGGGCAAACAUUUUGUACUCCGGAGUGAAUAAAGGGAAUGUGGCUUACUUAUACAAUCAUCAUCAUCAUCAUCAUCAUAAAUACAUUCUGAUAUAUAAUCAGAGCAGCAAUAACCCCCGAUUUAACCAUCUUUCCCUUAUGAUGAAGUACCACUGAGGUUUGAUUAAAGUUUUUCAGAACAGGAAACCUCAGCCCGAUUUAUGAAACAUACAUAUUUGGGUAUGAAUUUGCACAGUAUGUGAAAAUGUCUGUAGCUGUUUUAGUUUGGCGAAUGACAAAAUGUGCUCCCAUGUGCUCUAUGGGGGAGUAGGUAGGGUCUUCACUAGACAGCCAAUUACAGACAGUAUUUUCCCCUCUGAUGCCUAUGCAGUGGCGGUACUGAGUGUUCUAGUUACGGUUUUCAGGCAGUUAAGGUUCUUUUAUAGUCAUACUUAGAAAUGAAAGUCAUCUUUCUGAUGUAGUGAUUAAACAUCAAAUCACCCUGAUUUGUCCACUGAACUCAAUGCCAAGUUGGUGAAGAGAAAUCACUUUUAGCCACAGACUAUGGCUAGUAGUUUUGCUGAUUUUAAGUUGUGUAUAACGGUUUAUAGGCUGUUGACUGAUUGUUACCCUAUAUGUAUAAUUCCUGCCUUUAGAAAUAAAUGUA